ACUCACAAACACUUAUUGUCAUCCGCUUCAUUUGUAGGUGCACCACAAAAAGAAGAAAGCAAUGGCUUCCUCUUCCAAAGUACUAGUCCUCUUUAUUGUGAUACUGUUUAUAGGAAGUUCUAAUGCUAAAUUCUCGGUAAAUUAUACUCCAAAGUCCAAAUCAUGUAAGCAUAUUUUCUCUACUGUGAAAUCUGUUGUUAGCGCAGCGGUAUCCAAAGAACGAAGAAUGGGUGCUUCUCUUCUCCGCUUGCAUUUUCAUGACUGCUUUGUCAAUGGAUGUGAUGGUUCAAUUCUGCUCGAUGACGCAUCAAAUUUCACAGGGGAGCAAAACGCGAAUCCUAAGCAGAAUUCUGUGAGGGGGUUCAAUGUUAUUGAUGAUAUAAAGACUGCAGUAGAGAAGGUGUGCCUAGGGGUAGUGUCAUGUGCAGAUAUCCUGACAAUGGCUGCUCGAGAAUCUGUUGUACUCGUAAGUAGUACUCUGAUCAGCUUUAUGUUCUCAUUACGAAGAAGAAAAUAAUAGAUGUU